CUUCUCUAUUUAGUCUGUGCAAAAGUAACAAAGGCUACCUGUUUAUUAUCUAUAGUUUCUUUCCAAUUCAAAGAUGCCGCCCAAGAAGGACGCGAAGGCUUCGGCCAAACAGCCUCAAAAAACACAGAAGAAGAAGGAAGGAUCCGGUGGCGGCAAAGCAAAGAAGAAGAAGUGGUCCAAAGGAAAAGUUCGUGACAAGUUGAACAACCAGGUGUUGUUUGAUAAACCCACAUAUGAGAAACUGUACAAGGAAGUCCCACAGUACAAGCUAAUCACACCUGCUGUCGUAUCUGAAAGAUUAAAGGUCCGAGGUUCCCUGGCGAGAAGAGCACUCAUCGAACUUAGGGAAAAAGGUCUCAUCAAACAGGUAGUCCAACACCAUGGGCAGGUGAUCUACACGCGUGCGACCAAGGGCGAUGAUCCAGUCGCAUAAACUAUGAUAUAAGUUAAAAAAAA